AUGUCCUGGUCACUCAAGCAGCUCGUCUUUCUCGCGCCUACGCUCCUACUCCUCCCCGUGUCUCUCAUGGCACCCGAAUCACCUCGUUGGCUCGUUGCGAAAGGACGAUUACACGAGGCCGAGGCUGUGAUGAUCCAGGCUGCUAAUAUUAACGACUUCCCCCUUCCAGACACGGCUGCUCUGAUGCACAGGCUCCGAGAACAGGCCGAGGCGAGGACAAGUUCCCCGAUAGCCAUCGAGGGAGAUAUUCUGGACUCUCACUCCCUGCGACGGCGGGUGCUCGCCAUGAUUGUCGCCUAUUUCUCGAUAACGUUCUCGUACUAUGUGGCCGUGUUCGCGACGGCACCGAUCCACGAGGUUUGGAUGCCUUACGGCGUUGUCGUAGCCACGCUCUUCUCUUGCGGGGUGAUGCAGGCCCUGGUUUCCGGUAUCGCCCUAGUGACGAUGAUGAACACGUUUCUGGUGAUGACAGCCGUAAUCGAUUGCCUGCUGAGUGUCGCCGCCGGCACUGGGGUCACCACGAUCACGAACGUUCUCAUCGUGCUCUCUAGGGGCGUGUCUCUGGCCGUGAUCGUUCACGUUUUGGUGUUCGUCAUGGAGCUCUUCCCAUCGGCCGUCAGGAGCGGCGCGGUGUGCUGGGUCUUCGCUAGCGGACGCGUUGGAGCCCUGUUUUCGUCCGUGACGUUUGAACUGCACCUUCAUGGUCGAGAGUACAUGGUAUUCGCCAUCGCCGCCUUUCUCCUGUUCCUGUCGCUGCUGGUGAUACGGGUCCUUCCCCGAACUACCAUGGUCGAACAGGCCAAAGAGGCCAAUCUCGGUUCAUCUUCCGCCAGGAACACCAUGGAACACAUGAGACGUACUCUUGAGCGGCCGACAGAUCGUAAGACCAAAUAUGGAAGCGCCGAGCGCCCGAAAGGUCGAAGGAGUCCCACUAGUGAUCCGGAAUUUUCUCCCAAGGCGUCAACUGGGCGACACGGCCACAAAUUUAACUAG